AUGGGUGCUGCGGCGGCCCCUGCACACGUCAACAACGAGGAGGUAUCACAAGGCUGGAAGGAGGCAGUCAAGAAGAUGAAGGAGGCCCCGGAGCAAUCGACCGAAGGUGCCGAAGGACGAAUGUUGCCAGUGGAUCCUGAUUUUGCCAGCCAGGUCGGGCGCCAGAUCAGCGAUAUGACUUCAAAGAGUGAGCAGCUUCAAGACAUGAUCAACCAACUGCUGGUUGGGGACAUGGAGCCCCUGACAGAGUUGGAGAAGCUCUGCGACGGGCAGAUGAGGUGGAACGUUGCCUGCCUGCAGCGCAAGAUGGAGAAGCUGCAAACUGCCUGCAAGCAGUUGGCUUGUGUGGCCCAAAAACGAAAGUACGUUGAAGCAGACGUUGCCAUGUUGCCCAGCUUGUGUCGUGGGCAUGCUCUCAGAGAAGAUGCACCAGCCCAGCAAGGGGUGACGCAUGCAGGAGGCUCAACCCGUGGCAUGCUGGCGCUCCCGCCCGGUACCGAGAUUCAUUGGCAGAAGGUUCUCAUUCGCAAUGGUCGAAACAUGCAGCCUGAGCCGACUUUGGCAGAAGACGGGAUUGAGUUGAGGACCAUUCGGUCUCAGGUGAGCGAUUGGGCUGAUCAAUGUCAUGCAGACAAGCUUUGGUGUCAGGAUGCAGUUCGCAUAAUGCAGGAAGCAACUGGAGCAAAGCAAGUGAUUUUGAUUCAUGACCCACUCCACCGGGAUGGAAGCGACAAGUUCAAGGGCUACGGUGUAGGCGCGCAUACAGACUAUUCUGCGUACUGUGAGAAGAACCUGCCAGUCAACAUACAACAAGAAUGCCACGGGAAGCACUUCGCACUUUUCAACUUGUGGAGGUCGACUGAUGUGCAUUCGGUGAAGUGGUUCCCGCUUGGGUUUCUGCACCCGGCCUCCGUUUGCCCCAGCGACCUGGUCUACUGCGAGCAAUACGGUGAGGCCUUGUUCAAGGAUCUGGUGGAGGCAGAUCUCCAGUCGUCUCACUUGGGUUUGCAUUGUGACGCCAUGCUUGUUGAUGGCAUCCGCUACUCUACCUACCGAGCAGUCGCUGCCCACAAAGGGUUGGUACCAGACAGGAGGAAGAAGGAUCCCAACAUUGUUUUCAGGCAUGUUCAUUCCAAGCGACAUUCGUGGCUCUACUUUCCGGACAUGACUCAAGAUGAGGUCGUGAUCUUCCGGCAGUAUGAUACACGAAUAGCUGAAGUGGCGAAAUCUACGGUUGUCCAUGCAGCAUUCGCUGACCCAUCAGUGCAUGCCGAGGUCCUCCGCAGACACUCGUGCGAACUCAGAUGCGUUUGCAUCUUCGAUGAGCAGCGACCGGAUGAGGAGGCUUGCAAAAAGCAGCGCCUGAAACUUAUUGAAGAUGCAUUCUCAGGUCUGCCAUCACCCGCAGCUUCCCCUUCCACUCCAGAGUGGCUUGCAACGCAGUCACGCUUCGUGCGCGAUGGGUUGGAAGCACUCCUGCGGGGCGCAGUGAUGCAACCCAUUUGCUUCGGCCGUGAACUGCUGGAUCUCUGGGAUCAAGGACUCCGCGGUGUGGAGAUCUGCCGUGCCUUGGAGAGCUUGUUGGAGUGUGAUCGGCAGGUGGGUGACCCGGAGCGGCUGCUGAAACAGCAAACGGAUGGAACCAGCGCCCCCGAAGGUGACAACCCCUUCCGUGAAUGGCAUCGAAAAACGUACGGUGCCUGCAACUCCGGCCCAGUGACUAGCACAAUGGCCGCGGAGCUGCGCGACAUCGCGAAAUUUGGUGCUGACGCAGGCAAGGUGGAUCUUGAAAGGCUGAUGGGGCCUUCUUGGCCACACCUUUCAGUUUGUGCACAUGAUCCAACGCUGGCCGACAUCAGCCAGGUGCUUUGCGACCCUGGCGCGCUGGUAACGGUGCGCAGCAUCGAGCCGUUCAAGCCGCAAGACAUGGACUUCCUGCUCGGCAACCUGCAGCGUGGGGAAGUGCUGCUCGAGGAGGGCAUGACAGUCCAGGGAGCCAUGGGUUUGGGCAGCAGCGGGUUCUUCACAGAGGAAUGCUUGCUUGGGGGUGGCGUUGCCAUUGCCUCUAUUCCAUGCAAAGACCCCGGGCAGUAUAUGGAAUGCUUGUCCAUUUGCCUCAACGAUGGCAUGUCUUGGUGCGCUGUGUCAAAGUCGCACUAUGGGCAGUCUUGGAUCUUGGUGUGGCUGCGAAACGUAAUUCGGGCGCUUCUUGCAGGUGCAUCCCUGCUGGUGAUUGGCCCCAAGGCACCAGGGCAACUUUGUUCAGCGCAACGUGCUGAAGUGGCACUUCUUUUGGCACUGGAGCUUCCCUUUGCCUUUGCCGAGAUCGACACAUUCAUUGCCAAUCGCCGGCCCCUGCACCACUUGGUCUUGGCUGACAACCCAGACUGGGCUGAGAUCGAAAGCCGGCUGGAUGCUCGUCAUGUGGCUGGUGCCCUCCCUGCACUCCUCUGCAAACCAUCUGCCGAUGGUCGGACCAUCUUACAUUGCGCGGUGGAACGUGGAGGAUCGGCUGACUUCGUCCGUAAAUUAAUUUCAAUGAGGUCGGAUGUGACACAGCGUACUUCCAGAGGGCAAACGGCUUUGCACCUGUGUGCAAAGUGCCAAGAUCGUGCUAGCCAGCCUGGCAAUCUUGCCAAGAUAACGGCUGCGCUGCUCAGUGCUAACAAUGGAAUCCGGCACUUUGUUGAUGACGGUGGGGACACUGCUUUCUGCACAGCAAAAACCAUUAGCAACACUACUGUGUUGCAGGCAUUGGCAGCACAACCUGGUGAUGCUGCUUAA